UGCCACCAAGGGGUAAUUGAACCACCUCAGUGCUUUCGACUGUGUAAAGCAACGAUGAACUGUGGGAGGCACAAUUGCGGUGAGCGGUGCUGCCCCGGCGAGCGCAAGGCAAUUGAGCGACAAGCGACAAAGCGAAAGCUGAAGUCGCUCAAUAUUGUCAAUCGCCCUAAUGACAACGAUAUCGAAGCGGAGCAUAUCUGUACACGAGUGUGCGGAAGGAUGCUGAAAUGCUCAAAACAUACGUGCCAGGAGCUCUGCCACAAGGGAAGCUGCAGUACAUGUCGAGAAGCGAUAUUCGAGGAAAUAUCCUGCAACUGUGGUCGAUCAGUCCUAUACCCUCCAUUGCCAUGUGGGACACAACCCCCUCCAUGCCAUUACGAUUGUGCGAGGCCAAAAUCAUGUGGACACCCGCAGACGUCUCACAAUUGUCACACUGACGACGAGAGCUGCCCCAAGUGCCCAUUCCUGACAGAGAAACGCUGCCUCUGUGCGAAAAAGGCAUUGAAGAAUCAACCGUGUUGGCUAACGGACCCGCGAUGCGGACUUGUAUGCGGCAAGGAGCUCAAAUGCGGCUCCCACACAUGUAAGAAUCUUUGCCAUCGGCCGGGGGAAUGUGAGGACUCGACCGAACCCUGCCACCAAGCAUGCGGGAAGAUCAAAAAGCUCUGCCCCCACCCGUGCUCCGAUCCAUGUCACGCUCCAUUCCCCUGCCAGGAGAAAACCCCAUGCCAAUCCCUCAUCACAAUAACAUGCCCCUGCGGCCGUUUAAAACAAGAAAAACGCUGCAACGCUUCCCGAGACGACAAAAACCGCUUUCAACAACACCAACAAUCUCAAUCCCCCAGCCCCUUAAAAUGCGACGACGAAUGCGCCCGCCUCCAACGCAACCGCUCCCUCGCCUCCGCCCUAAACAUCUCCAUAGACCCACUCACAACAUCAGCAACACCAGCUGACGGGGACUCCAUGACCGCAACAACAGGAACCACCCUCCCAUACUCCUCCGAAACCCUCGACCUCUACCUAACCCUCUCCACAACCUCCACCCUCUCCACCCUCCAAACCUACGAAACAACCCUCCACACCCUCGCCACAAGCCAAACGCAACGCACCGCCCGCUUCCCGCCCGCCCGCACUCAGCUCCGCGCCUUCAUCCACUUCCUCGCCGCUGAUUGGGGCUUCGUAUCCGAAUCCUGCGAUCCAGAACCCCACCGGCACGUCGCCGUCUUCAAAACCGCGCACUGGGUGCCGCCGCGCGGUCUUGGGGCCGAGAUGGGCGCGCAUGUGGGCGUCGGGAUUGGCGGGGUGAGUGUGGGCGAGUGCGCGAAGAUGCGUGAGAGGGAACGGGUGCGGGAGCGAGAGGCGAAAAGGGCUUCUGCCGCGGCUGCGGAGAAGAUUCGGGCAGUCUACGAGAGCGGUGAUGGGGAUUUCGGCGCUAUAAGUGCGGGGGCGGGUGAUGGUGGGUGGGCGCAAGUUGCGUCUAGGAAACGGCCGACGGCUGUCCCGCCGGAAUCUGCGUUUGGGUUUGGCGCGGUUGGGAAUGGGAAUGGGGUGUUGGGUGGUGAGAAGGGGGGGACGUUGGUGUUGAGGAGUGGGGUUGGGAUUGCGGGGAGGGUUAAGGGAAGGGCGGUUGUCUCUGGUUCUGGCGGUGGGAGUGGCAGUGGGAGUGGUUGGAGGCAGUUUCCUGCGGGGUUCGCGGAGGAUGUUGUCGAUAAUUGGGAGGAGGAGGUUGAGAAAGAGGAGCGGGAGGAGCGGGAGAAGGGGCAUCCAGAUGUAACUGAGAAUGGUGCCGGUGAGGUUGGUGGUGAGGGUGCGAGUGACAGUGCGGAGGUAAUUGGGAAUGCAAAUGAGAGUGUAAAUGGGAUUGCGUGA